GGGCGCGGAACGGGGAGGGCCCGGCUCGGUUCGCACACGGAGUGUUCCCUGCGCCCGUGAUGCUGCUCGGGGAGCCGGGAAGGGACCUCGGGGCUGUGCUGGGACGGCUGCUCUGCGCUGCUGUCCGCGCCCACGGGGAAACCGAGCCCUGAAGCGAGACCGGAGGAUGAGGACACCAGGAAGGAGGGCACCGAAACCCUUCGGGAGCCUUCCAGAAGCGGACCGGGAGCGAAACGGACGCAGAGACGGCCGUCGGGUUACCCCGACUCGCACGGAUUUAUGAAUGAGACACCCCGCCCCUCGGCCCCGCCCCGCCCCGCCCAUUGACCGCCGCUGCUGCCGCCCGCGCCGUCGGGGCCGCUCGCCGGUGGCCGCGGCCAUGGCCCGGAGCCGCGCAGCGACGCGCUGUGCCCCACCGCCCGCCCGGCGCCCGCCGCCAUGAGGCGCGGGGGCCCCGCCGCUCUCGCCGCCUGCCUCGCUGGGGCGCUCGCCGUGCUGGCGGGGCCGGGACCGGGCAGCUCCGUCUGGAGCGGCCGGCGACCCCCCCGCAGCUACGGGCAUCUGGAAGGCGACGUGCGCUGCCGGCGGCUCUUCUCCGCCACCCGCUUCUUCCUGAGCAUCGACGGCGGCGGCGGAGUGGAGGGGACGCGCUGGAGGGAGCGGCCGGGCAGCAUCGUCGAGAUCCGGUCGGUGCGUGUCGGAGUCGUGGCCAUCCGAGCGGUGCACACCGGCUUCUACCUGGCCAUGAACAAGCAGGGGCAGCUCUACGGGUCGGGGACGGCACCCGCGGAGCCCUCACCCCGCUCACCCCCUUCCCUCCUCUGCCAGAAGGAGUUCAGCCCCAACUGCAAGUUCACGGAGCGCAUUGAGGAGAACGGCUACAACACCUACGCCUCGCUGCGCUGGCGGCACCGGGGCCGCCCCAUGUUCCUCUCCCUCAAUAGCAAAGGGAGGCCGCGGCGAGGGGGCAAGACGCGCCGGCAGCACCUCUCCACCCACUUCCUCCCCAUGCUCGUCAGCUGAGCCCCGCAGCGUUGGCUCCUGGACAGCCCUAUAGAGCAAGAAAAAAUGAGGGGAAAAAAAGGCUAUGUUAUAUAUGUA